UUAUGUAGCCUAAAGAUGACUUUUAUUUUGUAUCCUGAUUAGACAGGUCUGACUGGAGUCGCUGUGUUGCUAAGCUAAAGGCAGAAACGUCCGUCCAUUUUGAAACAAUUUGACAGCAAAAUGCACAUUUCAGAGAUCCCCAGCAGUUGCAGACAGAUCGAGGCGGUGUUCACUAGCGCCCCCGCUGGUCUGGAGGGCUUUAAGGCUCACUCUGUGUUUCAGGAGAUCGCUAAAAAGCUGGAGGAGGAAGGUGAUCAGUACGUGAAGAAGAUCGGAGGUGUGUUCGCUUUCAAAGUGAAGGACGGCCCUGACGGCAAAGAGGCCACGUGGAUCGUAAACGUGCGUGACGGAAAGGGCUGCGUCCACAACGACACCUCUAAGAAGGUGGACUGUACCAUCGUGAUGUCGGAUUCUGACCUGCUGGCCCUCAUGACGGGGAAGAUAAACCCUCAGACUGCGUUUUUCCAGGGAAAGCUGAAGGUCACAGGGAACAUGGGAAUGGCCAUGAAGCUCCAGAACCUGCAGCUACAACCAGGCAAAGCCAAGCUGUGAGACUCCGCCCACGUGGACGAGCGUCCCCUCCGUCAGCGCGACUCGAGCAGGGACGGAGAGUCUCAUCUCUUCUUUCAUCUCUGCUUUAGCCUUCAGACACUCACUCACCACUAAACCCGAGAUCAGCACCACUGAGCUCCGACAUAUUCCCAGCUCGAUCUCCGAUCAUAUUCCCACCCUAACGCUGGAUCAUAUUCCCACCCCAACAAUGGAUCGUAUACCUAACCCCAAUGCUGGAUCAUAUUCCCACCCCAAUGCCGGAUCAUGUCCCACCCCAAAACUAGAUCAUAUUCCCACCCCAAAACUAGAUCAUAUUCCCACCCCAACGCCGGAUCAUAUUCCCACCCCAACGCCAGAUCAUAUUCCCACCCCAACGCCGGAUCAUAUUCCCACCCCAAAACUAGAUCAUAUUCCCACCCCGACACUGGAUCAUAUUCCCACCCCGACACUGGAUCAUAUUCCCACCCCGACACUGGAUCAUGAUCCAUCUCGACCCCAGAUCAUUUCCCACCUUGACACCAGAUCAUGUCCCAGUCCUCCUUCUUUACUCCUUUACUCCUUCUCUAACACACUCAGGAAUAUGUGAAAUUUGUGAAAGUGUCAGUUUGGCUAAAAAAGAAAUACACACAGUCCCACUUACUGCAAACAUAGACGAUCAACCGUGACACGUUUGGUGGGCGGAGUUUGGAGUGAUUUCUGAAAGUAGUCUCUGAUUGGUCAUCUGAAAUGUCAGUUAGAUUCUCUAAUUCUCUAAUUCUGUCCUGCGAGAUUAGAGAAAGGAUGUUGUGUAUGUUCACGUUUUUAUGCAAACUGUCACAUGCGUGUUACGAAAGCGUUGAUGAUUAAAUUUGUUGAUUAAAGUGAGAAGGAAACAGGACUCAUGCUGCAUUCUUGUCACGUUGUGAAGAUCGGAAAACGUCCCGUUAUUCCGGGAGCCUCAGCGCACUUCGUGCAUGUAAUCGCGAAGCAAACGGACGUCGUGCGUAGCUGCGAUCACGCUACUCAACCAAGCUCGUGAUUGGUCGUUAGAAACAAAGGAGGAUCGGCAGCUUUUCUGUCACAGUGGAAGCUGUUGUGUAAUUUUAACGGCGCCACCUGCAGCACUGGAGCUCGUGAAGCUGUCUCGUCUCCACAUUAAGUAUGCCGAAGCUUUUAGCGUUCACGUUUUUCCAUUUCAUUCCUUGAAAAACUUUUUUUCUGGUUGUUUAUUAGCAUGAGAUCUUCCUAAUCAUCAGGAAGCAGGUGGUGAAAUUUAUCAGCUCUAAUUCAUGAAAAAUAAAGUAAUAUUCCAACAAGAUUCUUCACAGAAGAACAGUGUGUUUAUGCUGGCAGUUGCCUCGCGUCCAAGCUCGCAAAAUUCCGACUCCCCAUGUGACAUGAAUGCUGCAUUCAGAAGGAAAGAUCCAGAUCCAGAACUAGAUAAUAAUAAUAAUAAUCAUAAUAAUAUGAGUGUAAUAGUUCAUUGUGACUCUCUAACACUAAAACCUUCCUGACUUUCAAAGAUAAUCCCAUUGUCUGAUCCGAGGAUGUUGGAAUUCCGUUUCAUUUCCAACACACGUCCUUCUGCACAGCGUCUCUGCAAGGGCGGAGCUUAAAGUGACAUACGAUCACACCACCAUAAAUCCCCUAACACAAUAUUACGUCCUAGCAUAAGCUGGGAAAACUCAUGAAUAAUUAAUGAGCGGCAGCUGCUUCAUCCAAUCACAGUGCGAGAAAAUCUUUGUGAACACAUUUCACCACAACGCAAUGGUAGCUACGUACUGUAUAUCAUAUCAAUGUAGACAGCUAGCUCAUGUUAGCCAUCUUAUGCGAGCUAACUUUAGCUGAGUGAUUUUGCUCGCUAGCUAGUUAAUGUUAAGUGUGAUUGUAUGUAAACAUGUGGAAGUAUGUGUUCAGCCUCACAGCUGUGCUUUUAUUCAACAAAUAACCUGGAAAAAUUGGAGUUUAACUAAAAAAAAAAAAAUUUAACUAUUUUUUUAGCGAUCAUGGCUACUGGAUUUGAUUACACAGUAUAUUUAGUUUACUGUAGUUCCGCGCUAUAAUGCUACAGAGGUAAUGUUAACAUCGGCUAAGCUAAAUAAAUGCCUGGCUAAAGCUUAGCUAGCUGGCUAGCUUAGCUAAUGUUGCUAAACUGCUAUCAUGUAAUAUAAAGUAGAAUUUUGUACUGAAUCGAAGAAACAAAAAGAAACAUUUUGUGAUGCGUUACAUCAUGUGAUCAAAUGUAACUUAAGCUCCGCCUCUCGUUGAUCCACAGAGAUUUGAAACGCAGUAAAAAUCAAGUGACCUGGAGUGUGUGUGUGUGUGUGUGUGUGUGUGUGUGUGUGUGUGUGUGUGUGUGUGCGUGCGCGUGUGUUUUCAGGGUUUAAUAAAGGUGAUGAUAAUAUAGCAGUCUGAAUAAACUGUUGUGACGUUUGGAACUGUUUCUUUCUGUGUGUGUGUGUGUGUGUGUGUGUGUGUGUGUGUGUGUGUAGUUUAAAUUUUUACUAAAUAAAAGUUUUCUCUUUGGCAUUAUCUCACAUGUAGUCAGAAGUUUUAUUAAAGGUUUUUACAGUGA